UGGGAAAGUUGAAGCUGCAGUCGUCGUCGGAGACUCGGGAGCCGCGCCACAGGGAAUUAUAAUUAUUAUAAUGACUUUUCUGAUUCCUCUUUAACCGCAGCUCGGUGUUUUAGGUCGCUAUGAGAAAUGACGUCUUUGUGGACUGGAAGCAGAACGAUAACGAGGUGACGGUGCGGCUGCGCUGCGGGGAAGGAGUCCAGAGGACGGAGGACAUCGACACCACCUUCACCGACACGCACUGCCAUGUUUCCUUCCCUGACGGGCGUCAGUGGAGCUGCCAGCUGCAGCAGGAAAUCGAGGCGUCGUGCAGCAGAGUCCAGUACAAGGAGAAAGGAGGAUUCCUGCAUCUCAUUAUGCAAAAGAAGAUUCCCUUCCACAUCUGGCCGUCUCUCAAGUCAAACAAGAAGGAAACGGCUCCCAAAGAGACCAAAAAGGACACAAAACCAGCUCCGCUGUCGUCUGACAAACACAGACUGUCCUCGCCGCAGGCCCCGCCCCCGUCCCCGCCGACGCACGGGGAGUCGCGGCGCGGCGGCCGGGCCGAGCGGGGCGUCAAGCGCGGCCUGAAAAAGAAAGCGGGCGACAAGGCCUCGCUGGAGUCGGCGGAGGUGAAGCCCGGAGCCGGAGACGUCUCCAGCGCCACCAGCAAACCCGCCGCGGCGGCGGAGCAGCCUCAGGAACCCAGCGCUAAGCGCGCCGUCGUGCAGCCGCCGCCGUCGGCGGGGAAGGAGGCCGAACGCCAGCCGUCCUCCGUCAACGGAAACGCCCCCGACGCUCCGUCGCCUGCCGGGCGGAGCCCGCAGACGCCACGCAGGGACGGACGCAGCAGAGGCAGCGGCGCCGACAUCGGCAUGGCAACGCCGGCUGCCAGCAGAGCUCAGUUGGCCGAGAGGAGAAGCCCGUCCCCGGACCGGUCCGACUCUACGGCCCCCGGCGGCGACGGUCCUGCGGUGAGUCCGGCGAGUCCGGCCGGCACCGGUCACCGCCUCAACAACCAGGUGGACCCGACGUCUCCCCAACCCCUUAAAGACAACACAGACUCUGAGCCGGAGAGGAAACCGGCCGACCCCGAGGCCGGCGGGGACAGUCUAACGGGACCGGCAGACGCCGCUCCUGGCCGGCCCGCUAGCCCGCCCAUCAAGCUCAGCCCGGCGACGGGUUCGACCCAGAAACAAAGCAGUUCUGACGGGGAGGAGAAGCGGGACCAGUCGAAGGAAGAGCCACCGCUGGAAAUCCAGCCCCAGGAAGCCCCGGAGCCGAUGGUGAACCUGCAGCUGGUGAAGAACGACUCGUACGAGAAGGGAACGGACCUGAUGGUGGUGAACGUUUACAUCAAGGGAAUCUGCAGAGACACGGCCCGGGUCAUCUUCAGGGAGCAGGACUUCACCCUCAUCUUCCAGACCAGCGAUCUGAACUUUCUCCGGCUUCAUUCGGACUGUGGAGCCAACACCGUCUUCAAGUGGCAGGUCAAACUCAGGAACCUGAUCCAGCCGGAGCAGAGCAGCUACUCGUUCACGCCGUCCCGCCUGGACAUCACCCUGAAGAAGAGGCACAGCCAGCGCUGGGGGGGCCUGGUGGCCCCCGCCACACAAGGUGCAGUGGGUGGUGCUAAGGUGGCCGUGCCCUCCGGUCCUGCCUGCAUGGAGAGCAGCCAGCCAGGCAGCAGCCAGCUCAGCCUCCCGGCCAAGGAGGAGCCCCCCCGGGUGGGGGAGGACCCGCCCAAGGCCCCCAAGGGCCCCAAGGCCUCCACCCGGGGGGACGAGGACGCCCUGGACUCCGUGGCCUCCCGCACCGUCUCCGAGCACGUGAACAUCACCAAGACGGAGCCGUCCGUCACCACGCCGAAGCCGACCUGCAUGGUGCAGCCCAUGAGCCACGGCCCGCCCGCCAGCAUGGAGCGGCACGAGGAGGAGGAGGAGAAGAAGGUUUGUCUGCCGGGAUUCACCGGCCUGGUCAACCUGGGAAACACCUGCUUCAUGAACAGCGUCAUCCAGUCGCUGUCCAACACCAGGGAGCUGCGGGACUACUUCCACGACCGAGCGUUUGAGGCAGAGAUCAACUGCAGCAACCCUCUGGGAACCGGAGGACGACUCGCCAUUUCCUUCGCCGUGCUGCUCCGGGCGCUUUGGAAAGGGACGCACCACGCCUUCCAGCCCUCCAAGCUCAAGGCGAUCGUGGCCAGCAAGGCCAGCCAGUUCACGGGUUACGCUCAGCACGACGCGCAGGAGUUCAUGGCCUUCCUGCUGGACGGGCUGCACGAGGACCUGAACCGCAUCCAGAACAAGCCGUACACGGAGACGGUGGACUCGGACGGCCGGCUGGACGAGGUGGUGGCGGAGGAGGCCUGGCAGAGGCACAAGAUGAGGAACGACUCGUUCGUGGUGGAUUUGUUCCAGGGCCAGUUCAAGUCCAAGCUGGUCUGUCCCACCUGCUCCAAGGUGUCCAUCACCUUCGACCCGUUCCUCUACCUGCCCGUCCCGCUGCCCCAGAAACAGAAGGUGCUCUCCGUCUUCUACUUCGCCAAGGAGCCUCACAAGAAACCCGUCAAGUUCCUGGUGAGCGUCAGCAAGGAGAACUCCAGCACCGCUGAGGUCCUAGAGUCCGUCUCCAGGAGCGUCAGGGUCAAACCCGAGAACCUCAGACUUGCAGAGGUGGGAAAGAACCGUUUCCAGCGCGUCUUCCUGCCGUCCCACUCCCUGGACACGGUGUCUCCCUCCGACAUGCUGUUCUGCUUCGAGGUUCUUUCCAAAGAUCUGGCCAAAGAGAGGGUGGUUCUGCUCAAGGUCCAGCAGAAACUGCAGGUUCCCAACAUCCCCAUCUCCAAGUGCGCCGCCUGCCUGAAGCCGCCGGGGUCGGAGGACGACAAGCUGAAGCGCUGCACGCGCUGCUACCGGGUCGGAUACUGCAACCAGGCCUGUCAGAAGAGCCACUGGCCCGGACACAAGGCCCUGUGUCGGCCCCACACCGAGCACGUGGGCCUGCCCUUCCUGGUCAGCGUGCCGGAGUCGCGGCUCUGCUACGCCCGGCUGGCCCAGCUGCUGGAGGGAUACUCACGGUUUUCCGUUAACGUGUUCCAGCCUCCGUUCCAGUCCGGCCGGGCGUCUCCCGAGGCGUCCCAGUCCCGGCUGGAUCUCCCCCCGGUGCCGGCGGGCUGCUCCGAGGGUCCGGGCCCCGGGGACGAGGCCGUGGGCGGGACGGGGCCCUCCGGGGCGGGAGACCCGGGGCCGGAGAGCCGCCCCCUCCUCCCCGAGGCCUCGGCCCUGCCCGAGGAGCCGGACUCCCUCCCCUCCUCCCAGACCAAGGACUCGGGCUUCUCCGAGUCCACGUCCUCCACGUCCUGCUGCUCCCUGGACCCGCAGGCCGAGAAGGAGACGUCCUGCGAGAAGGUGGUGCGGCCCGAAGCUGCAGUAACGGGCUACCAGCAGCCCAGCGAAGCGGCGUCGGCUCACGCCAGCCAGUUCUACAUCGCUCUGCUGGACGCCGGAAACAAGGAGACGCGUCUGGAGGAGAGAGAAGACUUCCCGGUGGAUUUCCCCGAGGAGGCCACGCUGGAGCUGGUGUGGAAGAACAACGAGCGUCUGAAGGAGUACGUGCUGGUGAGCUCCAAGGAGCUGGAGUACGAGGAGGACCCGGGCUCCCUGAGCGAGACGGCCCGGGCCGGACACUUCACCCUGGAGCAGUGUCUGAACAUGUUCACCCGGCCCGAGGUGCUGGCGCCGGAGGAGGCCUGGUACUGCCCCAAGUGCCAGCAGCACCGCGAGGCGUCCAAGCAGCUGCUGCUGUGGCGGCUGCCCAACGUCCUCAUCAUCCAGCUCAAGAGGUUUUCCUUCAGGAGCUUCAUCUGGAGGGACAAGAUCAACGACAUGGUGGACUUCCCCGUCAGGAAUCUGGACCUGAGCAAGUUCUGCAUCGGCCAGAAGGACGAGAUGCAGCAGCCUCCGGUGUACGACCUGUACGCCGUCAUCAACCACUACGGCGGGAUGAUCGGCGGCCACUACACGGCCUACGCCCGGCUGCCCAGCGACAGGAACAGCCAGCGCAGCGACGUCGGCUGGCGUCUGUUUGACGACAGCACCGUCACCAUGGUGGAGGAGAGUCAGGUGGUGACGCGCUACGCCUACGUCCUCUUCUACCGACGCCGGAACUCCCCGGUGGAGCGGCCGCCGCGCUUCCUCAGACCCAUGGGGGCCGAGUCGCCGGCCGGUGCCGGAGCCGCCGCCAGCCAGGCCUCUCUGAUAUGGCGGGAACUGGAGGAGGAAGAGGAGGGUCUGGACGAAGGGCCCGUUGGGCCGCGGAGACGGCAGCCGGCGCCGAGGACGGGCCGUGGCGGGGAGGAAGAGCGGGCGAUGGAGGAGGAGGACGGGCCGGCGGCGGCGCGGCGCCGGCUACGCCGCCGGAGGAGAGGCCAGGACUUCCCCGACGACGACUGCGUCCGAUACUUUGUUCUGGGGACGCUGGCGGCGCUGGCGGCGCUGCUGGUCAACCUGCUGUACCCGGUUCUGUACGCCGUCAGGUGGACCUGAGCCGGUCCUGGGCCGGACCCCACCAGAGAACCGGACCGCUCAGACUGGACCCGUAAAACUAGGGUCGCCACCUUUCACAAAUAGAAAUAAGGGACGCCCCGAUUUCAGCAGCGCAGGCGCCAAAACCUCUAAACUGCAUAGAAAUGUAUUUAUUUUAUGUGAAAAAACAAAAUACUUUGAUUUAAAGUUUAAAGUGCUUUAAUAGCAUUGAACUUGCAUGAUUGUACAGACAGACAACCAUAUAGAAACUGAAAUAACUUCCUAUGCAACGUACAGGACUGUCUCAGAAAACUAGAAUAUUGUGAUAAAGUUCUUUAUUUUCUGUAAUGCAAU